ACCGUCCAUUCCAUAUCUGGUCAUCUAUAAGUCGUUCUUCUGCCAUUAAGUUGAUGCACUUCUUCAGCUAUGUUGUCUUAAUCACAAAUGAAGUAUUCAGACUGCAUUGAUGUGAUCUUUUAUGUUGAUUUGUAUCUUUUAGAUGAGAAGCUGUGGCAUUUUAAAUUCUAAAGAAAUUGGAGAGGAAAGCAUCGAACCAGUAACAAGGCACUAAACAAGUAACAACUGUUGUGGCAUUUUAAAUACAAAGUUUGAUAGGAAAUGUUGAAGUUGGAGGGAAAUACAGGUUGAAGUUUGCCGGAAAUGCAGGCGGGCGGCGAAUGAUAGCCACCGGCGAGUGACGGAGGCUAGCGAUCCGUCACCGGGUGGCUGUUUCUGAAGGCACGUAAAAAAGACCUUUUUUUGUUUGUUUUUCUUCCAAAACUUUAUAGCAUAAAUAUUAUUACACAAAUAACACGAAGGUGUUCCCCAUGAUAUUUAAACUUUUCAAAUCCAAAAUCUCCCAAAAUCUUCGCGCCCUAACAACUCUCUCCUCCCAAAUCCCUUCCCCCAAACUCAUAGACGCCGAUGCCAUCAAAACAUGCUUCCACAUCGAAAUCUUCCACGCCAAUCAGCUCAUCGAAUCCCUCCUCCACAGGGGAAACUUACCCGCCGCACGCAAGGUAUUCGAUCAAAUGCCCCACCGGAACACCUUCACCUCCAACCGCAUGAUCUCAGGCUAUGCCAAGUCCGGCCACCUCGAUGAGGCCCGGAAACUCUUCAAUGGCACCGCCAACCGCACCGCCGUCACAUGGACCAUCAUGAUCGGCGCCUAUUCAAGCUCGAGUCGCGUCCAUGAGGCCUUCGAGCUCUUCCGCGAGAUGUCGAGCUCUGGCAUCAUGCCGGAUCGGGUCACGAUCAUUGCAUUGCUUAGUUCAUGCCAGGAUCGGAACAUGGCGGGAUCUGUUGUACAGAUUCAUGGGCAUGUUUUGAAAUUUGGAUUUGAUGAUUCUGUUCAGGUGUUGAACACUUUGGUGGAUUCGUACUGUAAAUCUGGGCUGGUGGGAUCUGCCAAUAAGAUGUUUGAACAAUCGCCUGAAAAGGAUUCAGUGACUUACAACGCCAUGAUGAAUGGCUUUGCCAAGGAUGGAUUCCAUGAUUCUGCGCUUGAGCUCUUUGAAAAAAUGAGGGAGUCGGGAUUGAAACCUUCUCAAUUCACCUUUUCCGGUGUUCUCGUCGCCGCCUCCGGGCUUGAUGAUAUAGGCCUUGGACUCCAGACUCAUGGACUCGUAGUAAGAACAAAUUUCCAAUGGAAUGUGUUUGUGAUAAACUCGUUGCUCGAUUUCUACUCUAAAAGCUAUCAGAUUGACGAAGCCAGAUAUCUGUUUGAUGAAAUGUCGGACAGAGAUAAUAUCUCCUACAAUGUGAUGAUCUCAUGCUACGCUUGGAGCGGACUGGUUGAAGAGCUUUCCCAACUCUUUCAAGAACUCCAGCAAACGGAUUUAGAUCGAAAGCUCUUCCCUUUCCCCAGCCUGCUCAGCGUUGCCGGAUCUCUUCCAGAUCUCGAAACCGGCCGACGGAUUCAUGCUCAGAUCAUUCUUGCCGGCGCUGAAUCUGAUGAUAUGGUCACUAACGCCCUCAUCGAUAUGUACUUCAAAUGCGGGGAGAUGGAGAAGGGAAAGUUGGUAUUUUUAUCCAAAUCAGAGAAGAACACCGUUUCAUGGACGGCGAUCAUCACAGGGUACAUACACAAUGGGUUGGAUGAAGAAGCACUGAGAUUCUUCUCUUCUAUGAGAAAAGCUGGAAUUAGUCCCGAUCGAGCCACCUUCUCGUCCAUCCUCAGCGCUACUGCAACCCUAGCUCUUCUUGUUCUUGGGAAGCAGAUUCACUCAUCAGCUAUUCAGCUAGGCAUUUCAUCAAACGUAUUCGUCGGCAGCGCCUUGCUGGACAUGUACGCAAAAUGCGGCUGUCUGGACGAUACGCAUCAAGCAUUGAACGAAAUGCCCGUUCAAAACAUCGUGACCUGGAACGCCAUGAUCACCGCUUAUGGCCAAAAUGGAAGCGCCGAAGAGGCAAUGAAGGUGUUUGAUGAAAUGCUUCGCCAAGGAAUCAAGCCGGAUUCAGUGACUUACCUCAGCAUCCUCUCUGCUUGCAGCCACAAUGGCUUCGUUGAACAAGGGCUUCAAUACUUCCGCGCCAUGGAAGAACCCAGAAAAGACCAUUACGCCUGCGCAGUGGAUCUGUUGGGUCGAGUGGGCAGGUUUGAUGAAUUGGAGAGUUUGCUCAAUCAGAUGCCUUUCGACGCCGACGAAAUCAUAUGGAAUUCUGUUCUGAAUUCCUGCCGGAAACACCGAAACGAGGAGCUGGCGGCAAAAGCUGCGGAGAAGUUGUUCGCCAUGGAGCUCAGCGAUGCCGCACCUUACAUAAUCAUGUCGAACAUCUACUCUCAGUCCGGGCGAUGGAACGAAGCUGCCGGCGUGAAGAAGAUGAUGAGGGAGCGAGGAGUGAAGAAGGAGAGAGGAUGUAGCUGGGUUGAGAUUAAGGAGAAGAUCCAUGUUUUCUCAUCAGACGAUGAGAGGAAUCCGAGGAUUAGGGAAAUCAGGGCGAAGCUGGAGGAAUUGGAAGUGGAGAUGGAGAAAGAAGGGUACAGAGCUGAAACGAGCUGCUCGUUGAGGAACGUCGGCGAGGAAGGGAGGAAGGCGGAGGCUUUGAAGCGGCACAGUGAGAGGUUGGCGAUAGGGUACGCGUUGAUCAGCACGCCGGCGGGAUCGACGGUUAGGGUUAUGAAGAAUUUGCGGGCGUGUGUUGAUUGCCAUGAGGCGAUCAAGGUGAUGUCCAAGAUUGUGGGCAGGGAGAUUGUUGUCAGGGAUACUAGCCGUUUUCAUCAUUUUAAGCAGGGGGUUUGUUCUUGUGGUGAUUAUUGGUGAAUUAUAUGUAUCCAAGUGCUAGUCUCAAAAGCAUCAAUUUUUGAAAGUGAA